ACUUACAUGUGUUCUCGUAGUGGUUCAGAUUCUUAGUUUACAUGAUGUAUAUUCUCUAAAACAUGAGCAGAAGAGGAUACUUUUAACUGAUCCCGACUAUGCCGACAAUCUGCAAAUGCACAAGGAUAUUCAGACAUUGAAAGCAACCGUAGCCCAGUUACAGCAGCACGUGACCGAACAAAAACAAACAAACACUCAACUGUCCUCGACUUUAGGGAGUCUACAAAGCCAGUUACAGCAAAUAACUUCCGCUCCGACUGGUUCAGUGUACACACGAUGGGGAAAGAAGACGUGUUCGGGAAAUGGUACUGAAUUAGUAUAUUCCGGUCUUGGUGCUGGAGGCAAAUCAAAUGAAGUUGGGCGCUCUGCAGUUCCAGUAUGUAUGCCACAUGAUCCAGACAAUGGACAAAAUAGCCAUGCAAAACAUUUCGGAACAUUGUACGGGAUGGAAUACAAUGACCCUAGUCUUGGUCAGAAUCUGUAUGACAAAGACGCUCCAUGCGCCGUGUGUCGCGUAAAUUACGUCUCUUCUAUUAUUACUAUACCGGGGAAAUCUACGUGCUACAAAGGUUGGAACUUAGAAUAUAGUGGGAUAUUAGUUGCUGGUCAACACACUGACGCUGGAGCUUCUGCAUACAUUUGUCUUGACCAGUCACCAGAUGUUUUAGAAGGUGGAUCCGAGGAUAUGGGUGGUUAUACAUUGUUUCCUGUCAAGGCCUACUGUGGCUCCUUGAGAUGUCCUCCUUAUGUUCAGGGCACACUUGUAAAGUGUGUUGUUUGUUCUAAAUAAAACAAAGGUUUUUUGUGGUAUUUUUUUCA